AUGGCUAUCUUAUUCAUGCUGUAUGCUAUGUCUCCAGACGACAUCACCGCGCUCGUGCAGAGCAUGAGCAUCAAAGACUCCAAACCACCACCCCCAAAACCCGCCAGCGAUCCACCUAAGAGGUACAACGCAGUCCCGCCUCCGGCGACUAUCCAGCCCAAACCGCGGAAGAGCCGAUACACUCCGCGUCCAAAGACCAAGCACCCCAACGGCUCUGCCGCACACGCGCCUCCAAAUCCCCAGCAACCGCCCAACCCCACCAGUAGUCCACAGGACGCCCAACACUCCAAUGAGCCCGCCAGCUCCCCCAACCCACCCCGCUCUCAACCCCGUCACCGCAACCCUCCCCCUAACCCCAAACCCCCUCCCCCCUCCGCCCGCCUCCGCGCCCCAAAGCGCUUCGUCCCCGCGUCCCCCGACCCCCCAGCCCCACCGCCCUCGCCCGAGCGCGUGUACACGGUGCUCUUCGAGCCCUACGGCGUCGUCGCGGGCGUGUUCAGCUCGCUCGUGACUGCGACCACGGCCGUGAGGGCGCUGGGCGGCGGCGGCGGGCAGCAGGGGGGGAAAGGCGGGGCAGAGGGGCUGCGGGUGUUUGGGGUCAGGGGGGGCCGGUUGGAGAUUGUGCCGCAGAAACUACGGGAUGUGAGGAAGGAGGGAGAAGGGGGUGAAGGAGAAGAGGGUGGGGGAGGGGAGCGAACAGGCCCUGGCGAGGAAGCAGUAAGGACAGCUUCGCGCGCGACUAAGCAAAGUGGGAGCGAGGGCGUGGUGUUCCUCGCGGUAGAUCGUAGUUUGGUUAUUGGAGCGUUUAAGGGGGGAAAGGAUGCGUGGGAGGCGUGCGUGGAGCACCGAGAGCAGGUUUCGUGGUGUGCGACGGCGCCGUUGAGGGAGAAGAGUGAGUGGGUUGAUGCGAGGGGGUUGCCGAGGGCGAGGGGGCGGAUUGAGGGGGGUGGGUGGCAUGAGUGGGGCGUGGAGGUUUAUGAGUUGGAUGAGAUUGUGGGGUUGAGGGAGGAGAGGGAGAGGGAGAGGGAGAUGGAGAUGAAGGAGAGGUUGGAGCGGGGUUUGGAGGGGAGGUUGAGGGAUGUUGAGAGGAGGCUGAGGGGGAUGGGAAUUCCGGACUGA